AUGGGUCCCGACGAAACACCCGCUGACGGUAACAGACCGUCGGCCUCUGUUACGCCGAUUCUCGAUGCUCUGAUCGCUCCGAACCCAUCCGUUCCCGAGAUGCUGCAGGCCAUCAUGGCACAUUUCAUUCAACAAGAAGAAACCAACAAAUCUACGAGCGACCGUCUGGCCGCACUCGCCGCCGCUCUCGGAACCCUAGCUGGCGAAAACGACAGAGCGGAAACGGCAAGAAGAAAGUUGUUCGCAACCACAAACCCUAACCAUGGAGUCGAACAACCAACAGACGAAGCAAACCCUACGAACGGCGAGACUGCACAAACGACUGACGGCUCAGACUCUCUGACUAGUCGCCAGAUCGCCGAUAUGCAACUCUCACUGCGGGACAUCCACUCUAAGAUACAUCAUGUCAAGGCAUCCACACCAGAGAUCGAACGCGUUCUCGCCACCACCCGGCGAAACCCUUUCACCCAGCGGUUAAUGAAAGUCAAGAUCAAAAAGACGGAGAAACUCUGUAUCCCUCCAUACAAGGGGGAUUCGGAUCCGACCGAUCACAUGACCGCUUUCAACAUAGCUAUGGGUCGAAAUCACUUCUCUGACGAAGAAAGAGACGCAUGCCUCUGCCAACUCUUCGUCGAGAGCCUCUCCGGACCGGCCCUAAGUUGGUUUUCACAUUUAAAAGAGGGUUCGAUUGAUAGCUUCGAUGACCUGUCCGCCUCUUUCCUCAAAAACUACAUCAUGUGGUCCCGUCAAGGAACAUCCAUGGCCGACCUAUGGAAACUAUCCCAGUCGCAAAACAAAAGUCUCAAGAACUUUAUGGAAAAAUUAAAGCUAGUACUAUCAAAGGUACAUACCCCGGAUCACACCACCGUCGAAGCCUUGACCAACGCGCUUUGGAUUAACUCCAAGUUUCGAGACUACCUCGGGAUUAACCCAACUAUAACCAUCGAAGACGCUCUGCACGAUUCAAAGAACUUUAUCAAGAUGGACGAAGACAAGCGAGCUCACAACGCCAAGCAGCAGGCUCUAAAGCCGACAACAUCAAAGACAUCAGACGCCCAAGAGCCACGACAGCACGCCCCUUACAAAAAGAAAGGACCCGCCUAUGCCAUCUCCGAGGACGAUCAAUCUGGUGCAGUCGCUGCGGUACGUGAACCGGGUGGAACGUAUGGGAACGCGAUACUGAAGAAAAAAUGCAGCAGUCCCGCAAGCUCGCGUCCGCCAACUCUAAGAGUUCAUACGACCAGAACAAGUUCUGCAAGUACCAUGAUAUGA